AUGUCUUCUCACAAGACUUUCAGGGUCAAGAGGUUCCUGGCCACAAAACAAAAGCAGAAUCAGCCCACUCCUGAAUGGAUUUGGAUGAAACCUGGUAAUACAGUCAGGUACCACUCCAAGAGGAGACACUGGGGAAGGACCAAGCUGGGUCUAUAA